AUGGCAAGAAUAUCAUGCAAGUUAAUUGUUGGCGGGCGAGUUAGCUGUAGAGCAUCGGUAUUACUAAAGGAAAUAAUUGAACAAAAUUUACAAGAACGUAAAAGAAAUUUGAAAAACCUACGUCUUUAUGGCACAAUUGUUGGAGAGCUAACUGCAGAAAGACGCCGAAAAUAUCAAGUUCGUUUUGAAGAAAUUGGAAAUAUUACUGUAGAUGUUCUUGCAGGUAAUCUAAAGUAUGAAAAACAAGCCACUCCAAAUAGAGAAGAAUUAGUUACAGAAUCGUCAUUGACUUUACCAGCUUACGAAGAUAUUUCUUAUAGUAGUGAUGAUAGUGAAAAUGACUUAGAAGAAAACAAUGAUAGAAAUGACAUGGAUGUAAUUGACCUUAGUGUUACGAUAAACUGGCGUGAGCAACAAAUAACUAUUGACCAACGUGCAAUUCAUCUUGCAUACAACCAAGAUUGCAAAAUUAAUAUUCCAUCAGUAAGUUUGGCUUCGCCAUAUGAAUUAUUUCACCAAUAUCUUCCACUAGAUUAUAUUGAACAGUUUGUAAUUAAUUCUAUUAAUAAACGUAGAAGAGUUACUUCAAAUUGGACAAAUAUAACUAUUAAUAAAUAUAUGAGAUGGUUAGGCUUAUGGGUGUUAAUGUCCGUUUUUCCAGUUGCUGAUCGUCAUUUUUAUUGGAGAACAAAUCAAGAACAGACACAGCCUAUACCAUUAUUCAAUUUUCAACGUUGGAUGAGUCGUUCACGAUUUGAACAAAUAGUGUUAUACUAUACUUUAAUAAUGCCAAGUGAAUUAGAAACUCCGGAUCUUAAUAAUCCUUUAUAUUCUGUUCGCAGUUUUAUUAACAAUUUUAAUAACAACCUAGUUGAAGCUAUAAAGCCUGAAAAUACUUUAUGUGUUGACGAAUCCAUGAAUUCAUGGUUAG